CACCGGGAGAACACCUCGAAGACGGAAUAUGCCUCUCUGUUGGACUCUGAUGAUCAUAAUGCUGUGUUAUUGCACUGUGGACCAAGAUCGCUCUCUAGGAAACUGUGGACAACUGAGUUGACAAUGCGCGAAACGGUUUCGGAAUAUUGGUCUCUGGCAUUUUCAGUCAGGACACCGCACAGCUACCGAUUUAAACUUCAACCAAGUUAAUCGUUUAUUCCCUGAUAUGACUCUGACAUGACUCACUGAUAUUUUACAUUCUAACAAAUAUCAGUGGGUCCCUUAAUUGUUCCAAGGUGCCAAUGCGGAUACGCGCUUCUGGUGGCAGAUCUUGGUGGCUGUCUUUGGACUUUCCUCGAAGAACAUAAAAUAGACUUCAAAUAGUAAACAUUCAAAACAGGCACCAGGGCCGUAUAAGACAUCGAUGAGACCUCACUACUCGAUCAUCUUGUCUCGCAUCUUGGAUGAAAGCUUUUUUUGGUCAUCGGUCCAUACGAGGGAGAGAACAGCGAUGCUCACUAACGUUACACAUUCUAACUGCUCCACGCAGCAUGCUACCGUUUACUACAACUUCCCUGUUCUUGUAUUUGGAAUACUGUUAAUAAUCGUCAUUAUUUGUGGAAAUACUCUUGUGUGCCUUAGUGUUUACACGGAAAAGGCUUUAAAAACUACAACAAACUACUUUAUUGUCAGUUUGGCUGUUGCAGACUUGAUGCUGGCUGUGCUGGUUUUGCCACUGUAUGUUUAUUCUGAGUUUCAGGGUGGGAGUUGGUCCUUGAACAUGAUUGUUUGUGAUGGGCUGAUGGCAAUGGAUGUAAUGCUGUGUACAGCUUCCAUAUUCAACUUGUGUGCCAUCAGUGUUGACAGGUUCAUUGCUGUUGCAGUUCCUCUGCAUUACAACCGCAAACAUGUUGACAACAGGCAGAUCAUUCUUCUCUCCGGCACCUGGUUACUGGCCUUUGCUGUGGCCUCCCCCAUUCUCUUUGGAAUAAACAACAUCCCUGACCGCGACACGUCGGAGUGCAAGCUGGAGGACGACAACUACGUGGUCUACUCGUCCGUCUGCUCCUUCUUCAUCCCCUGCCCCAUCAUGCUGCUGCUCUACUGCCGCAUGUUCUACGGCCUGCGCCAGUGGGAGGAAGCCCGCAAGGCCCGGCUGCUCAAGAGCAUCCAGGCCUGCCGGACCCUACAGACGCCCGCGGCCCUGGCGGCUGCCCCGCAGCCCUCCCUUUCGGCCGCACAGCUGCAGAAGCAGGAGCCUCAGUCUCAGUCUCAGCCUCAGCCACUGCAACCGUCACGCCUGCCCCGGGUCAUUGAGAAGGACCUGGCCCAGGCGAGGAUGGAGGACAACGACGAGUCCACCACCCCAGAGUUCCCGCUGCCCAUGAAGUACAGGGACAGUGUCAUUCAGACAGUGUCAUACCCGGACGUCACGUACAGCCCCUCGCCGCGCAGGAAGAAGAAGGGGGCCAAACUGAACGGGCGAGAGCGGAAAGCAAUGAAGGUGCUGCCGGUGAUUGUAGGUGCGUUCCUGUUCUGCUGGACGCCCUUCUUCGUCGUGCACACGACCAGGGCCACGUGUGAGUCCUGUGAUAUCUCCCCCUAUCUGAUGAGCACCGUCACCUGGCUGGGGUACGUCAACAGCGCUCUCAACCCCAUCAUCUACACAGUGUUCAACACAGAGUUCAGGAAGUUCUUCCGCAAGUUUGUGCUCACCUGUUGGUGAAUUGAAAAACGAACGGCGCAAAUGUGGCCGUAUCCUUGAAAUGAAGUAACGUGCGUGACGUGGUACUGUGGGCCAGAUCUUCAACUACUGUGUGAUGAUUAUUCUGUUCCUUUGUUUUUUGUACGGCACAUUGGAUUCUUGAAAUGAAGUGACUGCAUUAUGUGAUACUAGGGCCACUGUGGGCCAAGUGCUGAUGAUGUGAUAAUUAUUCAGUUCAUAUGUUUUUGUACAGGUCUAUCACCCAUUCUACCUUUGCUACUAUUUUUUUUAUGUCUGUGACAGCAGAAUGUAAGUUUGUUUGUUAAAGGUGCCUAUUGUUCUCUCUCGUCCACGUUUUAUGUGGAAAACUAUCCAUUAAAUGAUGUUUUCCCCUCGGAACAAGAAAAUGCACCAGAAAAGUGUUGCCAACACAAGGAUGCUGGACACCAUACAUAAGUAAGGAUUCAUAGUGAUUUAUUAGUUACGCUGUAAGAACAUGAUUUGAUUCUUCAGUCUAUCCACCUGCUGUUCCCAAACCUGAAAGAUUUUUAAAAUAUUUUAAGUAUUCACAGUACAGAUAAAACACCUUAGACUAUUGAUGUUGCUAUAAUAUUCAGUAUUCUGCUCAAAUGAAAAAACAUCAUAUAAUCUAUUAUGCAUUGCCAUCACCAGCCUGGUCUUUGUAAAGUCUGAAGUAUGCUUCAGUUUGUCACAUAAUUAACUGUAGGAGAAAGCAGCAAUUCAUAUCUCUCUCAGCCAGUUCUUGGACAAUGAAAACAGUAAACAAGCCUGUACUUGAUUAAGAUCCUCUGAGAAAUGCCAUGAAAACAAAAUCAAGUUAUGUUAUUUUUAAUCGUUGUUUCAUAAACUUUACAUUGCAAAACACAUCUUUAGGAAGACACAAAUAUGACCUGAAUUAUUUAUUUAUUCAGUGCCAUGGAAUGGUUUAAUAAAUUGGACCAUAAAUCCAA